CGCCUGCGCCGCGGGUCGCGUCGUCGCGUUCGCGCGCGUCACUCGUAGCGACAAGAAGAUGCUGGACGAUGUAUCCCGCCGCACCGGAUUUUCCUUACGUCCUGUCAGAACGUGAGGAAAUCAACUCGAUCCUGUACAAACCGAUCAAUUCGACGCAGCGAAUAAAGUACACAUGCUUCCACGCCUCGCCAAGUUACAUUAUACUGGGCUCGACCAGCGGCAGCGUCUACCUGUUCUCCAGAGAGCCAUGUUCGUUCCUGCAAAUAAUACCCCUAUCGGAGGGUGUGGUCUCGCGUGUGGCGAUAUCACCUGACGAGAAGACCGUAGCCCUGGCGACGACCCGCGGCACCGUCUGCCUGGUCUCCCUGAAAUCCACCCCGCAACUGAUAUCAGUGUCGACGGAGCACAUGUAUAAACAAAUCACUUGCGUCUGCUGGAACGACAACAGUACCGAGAUAUACGUGGGAGAUGCGGUCGGCCGGGUCUCCAUCAUGGUGCUGUCCAUAUUCACGGUCAACGGGAUGUUUCAAACUCCGGCGUGCACGCUGAUGAAUCUGGACUCCGGCAUCGUGCAGCUAAGCUUCCUCUCGCCUCUGCUGCUGGUCUCCACGUUGGCGCGUUGUUACGUAUGCGACACAGUGCUGGAGCAGUACAAGCAGAUAGGCAAUAAACCGCGGAACGGCGAGUUCGGCGCGUGCUUCUACACGCGCGAGAACGCCGCUCUGAGCGCGCAGGGGGCGGAGAGGAACAUCAACGACGCCCGGGGCGCGUUCAACCUCAUCUCCGACAACGACAGCAAUAUCCUCGGCGAGAAUCACUCAAAGAUAUUUUGCGCCCGGCCCGGCUCGAGACUGUGGGAGGUGUCGGCCGACGGGGUAGUCGUCAAGACGCAUCAGUUCAAGGAGGCACUGGCGAUUCCUCCGGUAGCGAUAUUUCGUUGGGACAGUACUUUAGAAUCUAGUCAGAGAGAGGAGACGGAGUGGCCGCCGCAGUCCGUCAAUUUCUCGCACCUGCUCGUACUCGCGCGCAGGUAUUUAUUUUCCUACACGACCAGCGGCCUGUACGUUAUCGAUCCGGCGAGCGCGAGCAUGCUGUUGUGGAGCAACGUGUACACCAACAUCAGCAUGACGGCGGUCGUGGACGAUCGGAUCUACUUGAUGACCUGUGAUAGCGAGUUUCGCUGUAUAGCGUUAACGUCACUCGACAGCCUGAUACUGCGGCUGUACUGCCGCGAGCAAUAUCGCGAGUGUCUGAACGCGUGUCUUGUAUAUAAGUCGCAACUGUUGAAGACCAUCGGCACUAAGGAGAUCGUCGAGCUCCUCGAGGUGGAGGACCCGCCGCGGGACGAGAAAGCGUUGCUACGACCAUUAAUAACGCUGCUGCAGGCCGGCGGUAAUAAUAGACCGGCCAAAUUGGACUCCGGGAUCGUGGUCGUGCACCCCGAGCACGGCAGGUACGCGAAUAAGAAGACCUACGGCUGCGAGAUGACGUCCUCGUCGCAGUCCCCCGAAGUGUCCAGCGACGAUUCAUCCGAGAUGCAAGUGGGAUCUGGGAAAGAGCGGGAGGCGGAGCCCGCGCGGGGAAACGCGCUCGGCACGGCCUCGGAGGACACGCUCGAUUCGGAUUACGACGGGGAGGUGUUGGACACCAGAGAUGACGCUAAUCGGAAGCCGGACUUUCAGGAGAACAUCACGGACAGGGUGCAGUCCGAUUUACGCUCGAUCUACGAUCUAGCGAACAACAUCAGACCCGGUAUGUCGGAGAGAGAAGUCGAGGAAGUUAUCUUGGAGACGGACAAGAGGAUGAGAACGGUCAAGGAUUCCUACCGUGACUCGCCCGGCCUUCAGAGCUUCAUCUACGAGGUCACUCGCGCCGCGGAGCUGCAUUACUACAACGUGUUCCUGGAGAACGCAUUCGCGCAGUCGAUCGACUCCGUUGUCAACGAUUACAUCGUGCGGCAUCUCGCGAGAGCCUUCGUCGAGAUCAACGCGCCGACUUACGCCAGGUGCGGCUGCGGUUACCCCUACCCGAUGGACAAGACCGUGGAGCCCAAGUUCCUGGCGGUCGGCGAGUCCCUGAUCAAGAGAUACGUGGACGACCUGCCGAGCGAGUGUAGCAAUAUUUGCGACAAGGUACCUUACAUGUGGCGCGUGUACCUGCCCAUCCGCAUCGAGCGACGUAGCGCACUGGACGACCUGCUGAGACAGUGCCUUCAGACCAGAGACAACGUCGUGUUGUCGUUUCUUCUGCCGGCGUUAAGCGAGCAACAGUGGAGCUGCGUGGCCAUGUGCCUGAGCGAGAUCGGGGACGGCACUUGCCUGUUCUGCGCGAUGCCUUUGGCGAGGAAGCCCGAUUAUGACGUGCUGAUAGAUUGGAGCGGGAUCGCCAGAGAGAUCAUGAGGAAAGAGGGACCAGACGAGGCCACGGCGUUUUUGAUCAAGCUUGAGAGCAUGAUGCCGGACAUUAACUUGGACAGAAGUAUAUUCCAAUCGAUCGUAUUUACAAAACUACUACAUCGUCGAGGCGUGAAGAAGUCGAUCGAUUUCAGUAAAACUAAUCAAUUAUCAUCGGAAUUUGGUACAAUUUGCUCAUCACAGAUACGCGAUCAACUGGCGAAGGCUCUCGAAAAAGAUUUGAGGCGACCGAUAGAUAAAAAUGUGUUCGGGACAGGUGCUCAUCAUUGGGGUAUGCGUCAUCGGAUUAAGUCACUGACGUGCCCGGGCUGCACGUUGUCUUUACAGACGCCAAUUUUGCUAGGUGACAGUGGAAUCGCGAUCUUCCGUUGCGGGCACGCCUAUCAUGUAAAUUGUAUGAUAGAGAGAAAGCUCACUAGAUGCAAUCUUCAUUAGUAAAUAUUGUAAAUAAGAGAUAAGUAAAACAAGUUGCACGUACAUCUCUUAAAAUAAAGCUCUCUUCAGACGUA